UUCUCAAAAGGUGGCCCCCAGAACAGUUUAGUUGGCUCGCCCUGCUGUAAACAUGGCUUUUUAAGAUUAUCAAUUAAUUGUUUAAAAAUCUGUUAUACCAUUUACAAACAAAGUCCCAUAGGGAUGAAUAGGGCUUUGUAAUGUGACUACAUAUCCCAAACUCUACUGCGGGUUUUCUUCGACCAAUCAGGCUGGGUUAGAUUAUCACGUGAUUACCCAACAACCUUCCUUCAUUAUCUCCUUUGUCAAAUCGUGUGUUAAACAAUUCUGACUGGCGUCAAUGGACUAGUUAAACAUUUCCCUCCUAAAGAGUGUUUGCUAAACGACAUUGAGCAGUGGCUCUUCUGUUACCGUGACUACCGCAGCCGAGAUCAUGUCAAUGUUCAGCACCGGCAUCCUCGUCCUGACGUCCCCCAUCCACACACUCCCCCUGCGCAUCACCUCGGCGCUCAGCUCGGCGGCUCAGCUAGUGGAGCGCACCCUCUACGUCCACCUUCACCCGGGGCUCAACCUGGGAGGCAGCAGCCAACUUCGGCCCGUCUUCAUCCCACCUGCCGUGGAUAUCUCCACCCUCAUCACCCGCCUCUACAGCAACGCCAGCGACGUGUGCGCCCACCUGGACGUCCGUGUUCUGCUCACCAACAUCCAUACCCCCCCAGCUGCUUGCGGCGCGAGCGGCCCUUUCCCCACGCCGCAGUACCUCACCCACUCCCCGGAUGUGCUGCUCACGGACUUUCCUCUGCAGGACCCGGCUCAGUCCAGCCAGGUGACCCAAUGUCUGCAGAGGUACACAGGACGCUGCUACGUGUGCAGCCCUGAUCUUCCAUCAGUGCUGCUUCACCCGCAGAUGGAGGAGCUACAAGAGGAGGAGGAGGAGGCAAGACUUAAAGAGCCUGAAGAAAAAGUUGGCGGAAAACCACUGGAGACCUACACUGACGUGGUGGUUGGCGGCACCUUUGACCGCCUCCAUGGGGCCCAUAAGACCCUCCUCAACAUCUCAUGCCUGCUCGCCACCAGACGCUUCCUCAUUGGCGUGUGUGACCAAGGAAUGCUGAAAAAAAAGGUAUUAAAAGAGCUCAUUGAGCCAUACGCCCUGAGAGUCCAAAGACUACAGGAGUUCCUGCGGGACGUCAAGCCCUCGCUGCAGGUGGAGAUCGUGCCGCUCGACGACCCGCUAGGGGUGUCCGUGGUGGACCGCCUGCUCCAGUGCAUUGUGGUUAGCGAGGAGACACGGAAGGGCGGCGAAGCUGUUAACAAGAAACGCAUCGAGAAUGGCCUUCCAGCUCUGGUUCUUCAUGAGAUCCAGUUGCUAAAGGAUGCACAUCAUUCCGAGACCGAAGAGGAAAAGAUAAGCUCUUCCAGCCUGCGCUCUCGUCUGCUGGGAACCCUCCUCACCCCCCCUAAAGCCAAGCCCCAUCUCCCUCUCCAUCCCUACAUAAUCGGGCUGACGGGCGGGAGCGGCAGUGGGAAAAGCUCCGUCGCCAAACAGCUGGAGAGUUUGGGCGCUGUGCGGAUCGACUGCGACAAGCUGGGCCAUCAAGUGUACGAGGCGGGCACCGGAGCCUACCGCAGAGUUCUUGAAGAGUUUGGAUCAGAUGUUUUAGAUGAAGAUAAGAGCAUCAACAGGCGUGCAUUAGGGAGGAAAGUGUUUGGAAAGCAGGAGAGGUUAAAAGCGCUAACCGACAUUGUGUGGCCUGAGAUUGCACUUCUAGUGAAGAACACCAUCAGCCAAGCCAGAGAGGAAGGUAAAAAGGUUUGUGUGGUGGAUGCGGCAGUUCUUCUGGAGGCGGGCUGGACGGAUAUGGUCCAUGAGGUCUGGGUGACCAUCAUCCCUGAGGAGGAGUCAGUAUUAAGGAUAACCGAGCGAGACGGCGUGACCGUGGAAGAUGCCAAGCACCGCCUAAGGAGCCAAAAGUCCAACAGCGAGCUGACAGAACACGCUAAUGUGGUGCUCAGCACGCUGUGGGAACCCGAAGUCACUCGUAAACAGGUAUUAAAAGCGUGGAAUCUUCUACAGAAGAGAAUCCAGGAGGGAGAUGGAGAAUCUAGGAGGAUAGUCAAACAGUAUGACGCUUCAGUGCCUCAUUGAUUUUUUUUUUUUAAUACUAGUAUCAUGCAUAAUAAAAAAAGUUGGACUGGGAUUACUCUUUGCCAUUUUACACAAGCACUAUGUGGACAUAAGUAUUGGGACACCUACAUUACAGAAGAAAGGCCCCUUCGGGUUCUGCUUCAUUCUCUGUUGUAGUUCUUUCCAUGCAUGGCUGCUUUGUGGGGAAAAAAAGGACUGUUUCCACAAAGUUGGAAGCAUUCAAGUGUCCGAAGGUCACAAAAUGUGUUGCUAAAAUGACUAAUUCAACACUGAAUAAUGGACUAUAUUGGGAACAUUUAGGGGCUCUGUGCACUUUUCACUGAAUAAUGUGAAUAUGGGGCACAGAAAAGGAACCAUUUUCACCAAGUUGGAAGCAUGCGAGUGUCCAAAAGGCACAAUAUGUGUUGCUAAAAUGAUGAAUGAAUUGAUUAACAAGUAAAAAUGACUAAUUCAACACUGAAUAAUGGACUAUAUUGGGAACGUUUAGGGGCUCUGUGCACUUUUCACCAAAUAAUGUGAAUAUUGGGCACAGAAAAGGAACCAUUUUCACAAAGUUGGAAGCAUGCGAGUGUCCAAAAGGCACAAUAUGUGUUGCUAAAAUGACGAAUUAACAAGUAAAAAUGACUAAUUCAACACUGAAUACUGGAAUACUUUUCACAGAAGGUGAAUAUGGCACAGGAGCACAGAAGGGGGAGACUGUUUCCACAACGUUGCAUAUGAUUGUACGAAAGUCACAAACUUUGUCUUUGCUGAACAAAUUAACAGGUUGUCACAUUUACAUCUGUGCACUUAUGUGAAUGUCUCUAGGGGAAGGGUGGGGGAGAGACAGUAAAAUCAUGUAUUAUGAUGGUUGGGGCAUUUUCCACAGAAGCAUUUAUGAGAUAUUAGGUCAAUUGGUGUGACAAAUUCCAAGCCAUUUUAUUUAAUGUCACCUGCAAGCUCCUGUUAUUGUAUUAGCUUUUUAUGGUCUGCCAAAAAAAACACCUCUGAGAUGACUUUUCUCUCUCAAACGUAGCCUUUAAUUCUGAAUGCUAUUAAAAAGAUGUAUAUGGAACAACAUGGACUGUGCAAAAAUGUACAAUAAUGCAUGCUUUGACCGUAACCCAUAAGUGCAUGAGCAGUACUGCUGAAACAGCACCAUCAGCUCCUCUCCUUCACAUGUCCACUACGAGUCUGGCAGAACACGAUGCAGACCCGAACUUGUUGCUGGCCCGGCACACAUAAAUCCCAGAGUCGGUGGGUUCUAAAUGGGCCAGAACCAGGCAGCAGAACCCAUCGUCUUUGUACUCCAGGGACACCCUGGACGACUCGGAUACUGGCUUGUCCCCCUGAAGCCACUUCACAUCUGGAUGUGGAUAACCUAGCAAAGACAGAUGACUUAUUCAUUGAAAUGUUUUAAAGGUUGGUUUACUUCCCCCGCAAAAAUCACAUAACUCAACGGCCAACAGCAUAGGGUUAUUGUGGUUGGUCGCCACUGUUAAAUAGCUUUUAUAUAAAAAAUCCAAACCUACAUGGCCCUGUGUCAAAAAGUGAUUGCCCCCUAAACCUAAUAACUGGUUGGGCCACCCAACUGCAAUCAAGCGUUUAACUUUCAAUGAGUCUCUUACAGCAGAAAACAGCCCCAAGACCAUCACACUACCACCACCAUAUGUUACUGUUGGUAUGAUCUUUUUCUGAAAUGCAGGGUUACUUCUUUGCCCGAUGUAAUGGGACACACACCUUCCAAAAAGUUCAACUUUUGUCUCGUCAGACGGAAGUAUUUUCCCAAAGGUCUUGGCAUCAUCAAGAUGUUUUCUGGCAAAAUUGAGACAAGCCUUAAUAUUUUUGUUCAGCAGUGCUUUUCGUCUUGGAACUCUGCCAUGCAGGCCACUUUUGCCCAGUGUCUUUCUUAUGAUGGAGUCAUGAACACUGACCUUAACUGAGGCAAGGGAGACAUGCAGUUCUUUGGAUGUUGUUGUGGGGUCUUUUGUGACCUCUAUAUAAUAAAUAUACUUAAAUUAAUACAGUAUAUAAUAGUACUAAAAUGACUUUAUAUAUUUUUAACAGCUGUACUUAAUGAUUUUUUUCCCUUGUUUUAAUGUUAUACUUUUUGCUGUUUGCUGCUGCAAGUGGAAUCGGGCUAAAAAAAAUAAUUUGUUAGAAAAAAGUUGCAUGCAUAUUUUUUUUCUGUGGCAUCAUUUUCACUUUUUAAUUAUACAUGAGUAACGUUAUCACGCCGUACAACUAAAAGUGAAGAAAAAUGUAUUUCACGAGGAAAUAAAUGCAUGCAAACUUGGUCUCUGAACACUGUUGCAUUUUGACUUAGUGCCAUCAAAGUAAUUUAAUGUAGAAGUGCCCACUAAAAAUAGUGUAAUUUUUUUUUUUUUUACCUAUUGGCUCCCAGUAUGUAUAUAAUAAUUAUAGUUUCAUACGUCUUUACAACAGUACUAAAAUAAGUUUCUAUAUAUUUUUAACAGCUGUACUUAAUGGUUUUUCCUUGUUUUACAGUUCUUUUUGCUGUCAUUUUAUGCAGGUGUGCUCACUAACAAAUCUUGGGUGCAUUAAUAAAGCACUG